AUGACACAACUGUGGACUGGCUACAGUUUGCUGUACCUGGAGGGCCAAGAGAAAGCCCACACACAGGACCUCGGUCAGGCUGGGUCAUGUAUGCGUCUCUUCAGCACCAUGCCGUUCUCCUUUUGCAACAUGGGCACGUGUGACUACGCCAGCCGCAAUGACAAGUCCUACUGGUUGUCCACCACAGCGUCAGUGCCCAUGAUGCCCGUGGCGGACCAGGACAUCCAACAACACAUCAGCCGCUGCGUGGUGUGUGAGGCCCCCUCCCCUGCUGUGGCAGUUCACAGCCAGGACAACAGCAAUCCCUUCUGUCCCCCCAACUGGAGGAGUCUUUGGGUAGGAUACUCCUUCCUCAUGCACACAGGGGCCGGCGAUGAGGGUGGUGGCCAGUCUCUGACAUCAUCAGGAAGCUGCCUGAGGGACUUCCGUGCCCAGCCGUUCGUGGAAUGCCAGGGCCCGCGGGGUACGUGCCACUACUUCGCCAACAUCUACAGCUUCUGGUUGACCCGGGUGGGCGCAGAUGGACCGCUGAGCUCCUCUACUUCACAGGGCACGCUCAAAGAGGAGUGGCAACAGCGCCUCAACGUAGGCCGGUGCAACGUGUGUAUGAAAGAGUGA